AAAUCCAAUGUUUGAAGGACGUAGAAAUAGAAAUCGAACCGACAAUAGUGCAGAGAGGUGGUACUAGCACGUUAAGAUGCAGUUAUGAUCUUCAAGGAUCGCCUCUGUAUACAGUCAAAUGGUACCGAGGUACCUCCGAAUUCUACAGGUACACUCCAAAGGAGCAUCCGAGUACGAAAACUUUUUCAUUCAAUGGAGUGAAUGUUGAUCUGCUCCACUCCAACGAGCACCAGGUGGUCCUGCGUGACGUCGGAUUCAAUCUUUCUGGAAAGUUCAGCUGCGAAGUGACCGCAGAUGCUCCUCCCUUCUCCACGAAAACCGCUUCGGAGGACAUGCUGGUCGUCGUAUUACCGAACGAUUCGCCUAGUCUUGGCACGGACAAAAGUUUUUACGAUAUCGGUGAUGUAUUGAGAGCAAAUUGCAGCUCGCCACCAUCGAGACCACCGGCCAACCUCACGUUCGUUUUAAAUAAUAUCGUGGUAUGCGCGAAGUGUAACACAAUCAAGACGCCCGUAGGGGAAUUAUUCGAGAGCGAAUUGUCCCUCGGAUUGCCCCUAUUCGAGUCCCAUUUCCACAAUGGACGACUGACGCUGAAGUGCGUAGCCAAAAUUGGAGAUUUAUUUCAACAGGACACCGAGAUUACUUUCGACAAUGCCAGAGAUCCCGUCCCAGCCAGAGUGACAGCAAACAACUUCAGCUCAGCCAAUUCCACCAGCAAAAUCGUUUCCAUGAUUCUUCUUCUCAUGUUCACGUCGAUGUUCUGAACAAGUGAUUGUUUUAAUUGAAUAACCAAUUACUAUAAAAAUAAAGAUACUUGUGAUGAUAUAUUUGCUGCAAAUAGUUAGAUAUAAACGAAACUUUUGUAUUAUUUAAAUGAGAUAUUCCAUUAUUUGUAAAUCGAUUGUGAGGAGAAAUUUGAAUAAAAGUUAUUUAUGAUGUGC